AUGAAGGUAUUCGUAGUGUUCGCUUUUUGCUUGGUAGCCGUUGCUGCUGGUCCCGAUGAGGACGCGUGGUUGCGUUUUAACCGACGCAUGCCAGGUGCAUAUUAUAGUAUGAUGUUGCAGCCGUCAGAAAAUUCCUCAUAUAGUGGUCGAAUCGUCGGAGGCGUCGAUGCUAGAAUCGAAGAUUUCCCGUACCAGUUAUCGUUGAUUCGCUCUGGUUCGCAUAUCUGCGGUGCCUCGGUUAUUUCGGAUCGAUGGGCUCUAUCGGCUGCUCAUUGCACGUAUCCUGUUCCGGAAUUGUCCAGCGUCACUCUCCGAGGAGGUUCGAACAAUCGCCUCGAAGGUGGAGUUUUGUUCGAAGUUAACCGUAUCGAAAAUCACCCUUUAUACAAUGACUGGAGAGCAGCACAUGACGUCUCUCUUCUACAUAGCACAACGUAUCUCGUAGGACCCAACAUUGCUGCCGUUACUUUGGCUUCAGUUAAUGCUUAUAUUCCAGCAGGAACCCGUGCCGUAGUGUCUGGAUGGGGUUACACAAGUGGCCCCCAAGGAACACUAACAGUCAUUCUUCAGAGGGCUCUAAUUCCCGUCGUUGACCAGAUGUACUGCAUGGCAGCUUGGCCAGCUGGUUGGGUUACAGACGAUAUGCUCUGCGCCAGUGAAUUAGGGCGCGAUGCCUGCAAUGGUGACAGUGGUGGCCCUUUGGUUACCGGUGGAGUUCAAAUCGGAGCAGUUUCGUGGGGUUCCGGUGAUUGUAUAGGUGACCGACCAGGAGUUUACGUCCGCAUUGGUUUCCCGAUAAUACGUAACUGGAUCUUCGAUAUCAGUGGCGUUUAG